CUAACACCAACGUACUCCACACCACCCUUCAAGCACAGCCCACACACGCCUCCCUCGACGCGUCUCGCUUUUCUGCACCACCCACCCGCAAUGUCCACCACCUCCACCCCCUUCAAGGGCGCCCUCAAGGGGAAGCGCAAGACGGACCUCUCCGAAAUCGCAGCCGCCCUAGGCAUCUCCGUUCACGCCAAGCGAGAUGAGCUCGAAGACGACAUCAAGAAGCACCUCGUGGCCAACCGUAGCAAAUUAGAGAAUGAUGGCAGAUUCGAGGGACUCUACAACUCCCUCGACCGUGGGGAGAGAAAGGCCGGAAAGUCCUACGAAGGAUCCAGCGACUCUGAUGCUGGCUCACCCCACACACCUCGCACCCCGCUCAAGCACACACAGACCAUCGUCAGCCGCGUAAAUGGCGCUGCCUCCGACGCCAUGGCCGAUGCCUCUGCCCUCGGCUCCCAAGUCAAGGCUCGAGCACAGAAGGCCGGUGAGGACCUCAACCUCUCCUCUACCAUUCGCCGAGCUCAGAGGGCAACCGAGGACCUCUCCCUCUCCAACACCAUCGAGGGGGUACAGGCCGAGGGACAGCACGCCCUCGACGAGGCCUCUCGAGCUGCCUCGACCGUCGUGCGCAGAAGCCGAUCCAUCAGCAAGGCCACCGAGAAGAAGGCCGUGCGUGCCCUAAACUCCACCCGCGAAUUCUUCUCCGACUCCAACAAUCUCAUCCGUAUCCUCCUGGUAGUCGAGGCCUUGGUGCUCCUUGCCAACAUCUACCCCACUCGAAGCUACUCCUUUGGCGAGUCCAAGGCAGAGCAUCUGAUCAAGCACGCCUCCCUCGACGGCAUCAACACUCCUCGUUGGUCCCUCACCUUGCCUGACCCCUUGGGCUUCUUCAAGGUCACUAAAUUCUGGCAACCCAUCAUCCUCUGGACCGUCUGGACCGUGGGCAUCCCUGCUAUUGCAGCCCACCUCAUCACCUUCCAGAGGAGACACGAGCCUUCCCCCGUCACAUUCGCCUAUGUCCGUCUGGCCCUCCUCACCUUCCUCACCUCUUCCUCUUCCCUCCUCGUAGGUGGAGUCAAUGGCGGUAACCUCCCCACGUCCUUUGGCGUUGCUGCUGGUCUGCCUGUAGCUCAAAAGGUGGGACUGAUUGGAAGCCUCAGGGCGAACACGAGCUACGGCUUGGUUCCCCUUGACGGUGGUGUGCAGAUCCUCCUCACUGGACUCGUUGCUGCAUUGGCCACCUACGAGGCUGUCGCCACGAGGGCCAGGUAGGGAAAAAGUUGGAAUGGAAUGACGGACAAGUGGUUUGAGCGUAUCUAUGAGUUCGGUGAUAUCAGACAAGGCGUUUCUUUAGUGGAUCGUGGAGUGUAGACGAUUUGAAUGUAUCAUGGAAGGGUGGAAAUAGGCGCAGUAGGAUCUGGGGCUUGCGAUGCAGGAGCGACGACGCGUCCGACUCCGACACUUGCGUCGACGGGCGUCUGUUCUAAUCUAUUGAUUCAUCCUGGAUUUCCCGUCCGUCGUCCGUCGUCCGUCGUUCGUCGUCCGCCCUGUGCCAAUCUUCGGCUUGUUCUUGUGCUUUUGCUUUUGCUUUUGCUCCCGGGAAAAAAUUUAUCACCCUUUGAAUCA